CACCCGCACAAUCCCCGACUAAUCCCGCUGAUGAGGAAGAGGAUACAUCUGAUGACGGUGAAAUUAUAAUGUCAUCCCGCCUGGAGUUGUCCCGGGCGCCGCGGGCCGCGAGCGCGUGGUGCGCGGGCCGCGACUCGGCCGCGCUGGCGGUGCUGUGCGCGGGCGCCGAGCAGGCCGGCGCGUGGUACGUGCGGGCCGGCGCGCGGCGCUACCUGCUGCUGAGCGAGCAGGAGGCGCCCCCGCCCGACGCCGAGUACUGGGCGCUGAGGCCGAGAGUCCGGCUGGCACUACCGGGUACUGAAGGGGACAGGGAAGGGGAGCCGGCCGCGGAGCGACCGAAGAUGCCCGACUCGGCCUCGAACCCCGCACCGGAGCCGGUGGCACCCGCCGUCAAAACGAGCUACCUCAAAGUAAAGGCCUUCGCUCGGAUGGCCCCGGAGCCCGCGCCGGCCUCUAGAGAGCCCGCGCCGGCCCCCAGCGAGGCCGCCGAGGCCGCCGCGCCCCGCACGGACGACACGGCCGAGAAGCUUCUGGCGCCGGCGAGAGUGUUCGUCAAUAACGUGAUCUACCAGAAGUUGAGUGAUGACCCACUCGUCUAUGCCAAGGUGUUGGUGGCGGUGCCGAGCAGUAAAGCGUGCCGCGCGUUGCUGGCGCGCGGCGCGGCGCUGCAGAUGUACUGCCUGCGCAGCGGCCGGCUCUACCCGCUGCAGGCCGAGCCAAAGAAGGACGUAUCCCGUAUAACCCUCACCGGAGACGAGGAGAUCUCAGGAGCAUUAAUGGCUCUAGCCAAGCAACUCUACAACCCUUCUGACGUGGAGGAGGAGACGGAACAGGAAUCGGAUGCCGACCCGGAACAAGACAGAGAACAUGUAAUCGAGAUCCAAAACACCACAGAGCAUAUGCUCGAGGACCUCGAGCCUCGCCAGCAAGUUGGACAAGCCAUCCAACCAACAAGCCAACCGUCCAGCCAGCAAAAUCAAACCAGCAAGGAUGGUCUGGCGUCCAAGCAGUUACGGGACGCACAUUCUGUGCUGCUGAACAUACUUUCCAACAAGACCAUUCAGAUACAGCCGAGCCCGGGCUCCACGGUGACCACGGUGACCACGGUGACCACCGUGGCCACUGCGCCGCCGCGCCCGCCGCUGACCAAGCCCGGAGAGGUCAUCGAACUCAGCGACGAAGACUGAAUAGCACCCGAUGCACAGCUAACAACAAGAUUAUAGCUACGAAACGUUUUUUUAUGUAUAUAAAUUUAAUCUGAAAUUAUCUAUUGGAACGAUCGCUUCUUUUUAUAAAACAUGCUUGUGUGCAAUAAUGUAACGUAACCGCGGAUAUACUUACUAAAGAAAGGCCAGGUCCAACCGCGAGGUGCGAGGAAUGUUGGAAAUGCGAGAGAGGUAUGUCAGGAUCGUAGCGAGUGGAGCUCCGUGGUCCGCGCCUACCGCUGCGGGGUAUAGGCGUGAUUAUAUGUACGUCACGACAGAUUGCCUCAAGAAACUCUAGGAAUCUACAAGAUGAUAAGGAGUUAUGUGGGAGUAUUUGGACCCGGGUACGUCCUUAAAUUGUGAAUAUCAUCUCGCUUUGUGUGGUAGGGCACAGCGCAGCGGAUGUCAUUCCAGAUCUACAGCAGAGCCUAACUGGGGAAGUACCUCCACCUUACAGAAAACCGCAGCCAAAUAACAUUAGACUCUACUCAUAGUGUUGUGUUCCUGCCGGUGAGUAAGGUUGCCAGAGCUCAAUGAGGUGUGAGGGGUGGGGGGGUGUUAAGGUCGGCAACGUGUAUGUAACUCCUCUGGAGUUGCAGGCGUACAUAGGCUACGGAGACUGCUUACCAUCAGACGGGCCGUAUGCUUGUUUGCCACCAACGUAGUAUUAAAAAAAGGCAUUAUCGAUUUUUUUGAUUUCUUACUAAUUCUAAGCAUGCUAAGUCGUAAGUGCCACUUCAAAACGGUAGACGUGUUAUUGUUACCCACCAGUGCUUGGUGGGAAACAAUGAACCCGACUACAUUCAUAAGUAUUUUUUUUUUAAAUAUUAGAUCAUUACCUGUGAAAUUGGCGUUUUGUAUGGAGAAAUUUAAAGAAAUUCAAUUUUUCAUACAAUGAAUUUUGCGGAUUGUUUUGUGAUGGCAUUUUCAAACCAAAAUUUUUUUUGCCAGUAAUCAGAGACGUUUUUAAGGCACAUUUUCUAUCUCAUUUUUUUUUAUCUGUCCCGUCAGAAAAAUAUAAGUCACUUAAAUACUCGAGCCGGCAGCACAUGAAUAGAGCUGUUUUCAGGGCGGUAUUCUAAAUACAUAAAACAAUAAAAGUAGCAAAUAAUUGUAUGUAAAAUCGUUGUUAUGUAGCGCACUAAUGAAAUUAGAAAAUACUUCGAAGUUACUAUUAAAAUAAAUAAACUAUGACAUGACUAAUACUUAUGAACAAAAACGCCAAUUUCAUAGGUAAUGACCCAAUAAAUAAAAUUUAUAAAAAAAUGCGUGGGCUGCAGGUGGUAUGUUGUGAGGAAAGUUAAACACUGCUUUUAAUUUCGUCGCAUUGCGUAUGUUCUGUCCCUUACGCACGUGGCUACUCUAUAGUAUGCUCGCUUUGAGUACGGUUCCUGCAUUUAAUAAAUGUAUACCUACCUUUACUUUCCACAUUUAGUUUUAGAAGUUUAUUAGAUGUUUUUUUCCUCAUAAAUUGAGACUGAGGAACGUUUUAGGGACCUAUCACACUGGAGCUGAAAGCGAGGCGAGCGCGUAGCGAGUUUGCCGUGCACGUAACGAUUGUACCGCGGGCGCGCAACAUAUUUUCAAAGAAUCCCAGUAUCUUAGAACUCGUUGAGCGCUCGCGGCGACCUCGCUGCGCACUCGCAACUUGCUCGCAAAUCGUCAAUAUGAUAGGGUAUUUAAGGCCAGAGUACACCGGCUUCGUGGACGUAGGCGUGCACGUCCGCAUGCGCUAAAAUGUCGGAGCCGUUCACGCACACGUCACGCAAGCAGUGUGCCUUCUCUCAUAAAGAUCUGUAUGUUGCAACGCGCACGUGCACAUCUACGCACAUGUAUCCGGUGUGCUCGGGCCUUUAGAAGACUGAUAAUGUACAAUCAGUGGUCUUUAGAUAUAUCGGAGCGGCCAAUGUGGUCACAAAUAUCUGAACCUACCCUUUCUUCUUGAUAUUUAUUUUAUUUUCUUUCAUUUUCAUUAUCGUUGUCUGAUUACCCACAACAAGCCUUAUUGAGCUAACUGUGGGGCUUAGUCAAUCUGUGUAAGAAUGUCCUAUAAUAUUUAUUUAUAAUAGAUGCUUUGUUCAGAUAUUUGUGAACAACUUGACCGCUCGGAUAUAUCUGAUGACGACUGCAUCUUUGGAGAAUUUAUAAAAUAUUUGAGUCGGACUAAGUUAAUUCUUCAUGCAGUGACAAAGUGUGGCGAUGUAAUCAUUAAUGUCAAUUUUCUAUGAAAAUAUGACGUUUACAAUGACACCCCCACACUUGGUUCCGUUCAUCUGGUGCAACUGCAAAGUUAGCUUAGUCAGACUAUAUGUGUGUUAUUGGCAACGGAGCAUUUGUUGUUAGACGUAUACGUAUACAUAGAAUAAAUAAUUGCUAGUUUUAGAUUUAAGAUUGAAUUAAUAUUUGAAACAUCUCCAAAGUAUAGUUAGUGGUCACGUGAGUUUAGUUUUGUUUUAUAUUUAACAAUAAUUUAAAUAGAAAUGCCAUGGCAGCGACACCAUGUAUCUAAAAUGAUAGAUCUAUGGAUAUUUAUAUUUAAUAAGUGAAUGUAACAAACAAUUAAAAUACUUAUUUUAAGAAUAACAAUAGAUAAACUUGCUGUAUUUUAUUUACUUUAUAUCUAUAUUUUAUUUUUAAUGUAAUAAAAAAAAUAAGCUACAAAACAUGUAGCCUGUGUAAGCUUCAACAAAACAGUUCUCCACAAGCAGCCCCUUUGCGGACAUUGCUUGCCUAUAUGUAAUUUUUUUCUAGUUGACGAUUUUAAUGCUCGAGUUAAGACAUCGUAAACCAAACUAUAAUCGCACUCUUUUCACUCUAAUGCUUCCGACUCAACUAUAAUGACUUCGUUACGAAACGCUUUCGAGAACUAUAAUGAAUUUGACCAAUCACGUCUCGCCGCGGUCAAGAGGAAAAAAACCAAAGGACCAAAACACAUCAUCGCGUUUCUAUUUAUUGAAUAAGUUCAUUGACGUCUUUUAUUUUAUCCUUUUUAUCUACUAGUAUAUACUUACCAGAUUUUGUUUAAUUAUUUAGGUUGUUUAGCAGAAAAAGUAUUAUUUUCACAGAACUAUAUCAAUUAUUUUAGUUGACUCAUAGAAAAAGUAUUACCUAUAUACAAUAUUGAUAUAAUUUUUUCAACCUCGUACCUUACUUAGGCCAUUCAGCACGCUUCGGGGCCUAAACACGGUACUCAACUGAAAAGCUCUCCAUUAAAUUACGAUUGUAUGUAUAACAUAGGUACCAUUAUACAUUGUAUGACUUAUUUAUGUAUAAAUAAAUUGAACCUUAAUGCAUUCAAAUUAAGGUACACAAAUUACAAUUAGGUACUAUUGCGUAUUAUAUCGGAUAGUCAGUUAAAAGGUUCAAUAAGGCAUUGGAAGGGUAAAUUGUCUAUUAAUUUAAUUUUAUCUGGAUAAGAACAGUCACCAUCGUUGGUUUGUGACUGUUAGAAUAAGUUCAACGCGGGGAAGACCGACGACGUCGCCUCUUACAUUUGACAUAGGUACUCCACUUACAGGAGAUCGGAGUGACUGUGUCUGAACGAAGUACCUACUCGUAUGUUAACGGCACCAAUCAUGGUACAUUUAAGAGAAAAUUUGGACUAUAUUUUAUAUUUCACCGACACCUGUAACAUUUCUACUGCUUUAUGCGUUAAACGUUGAAUGCCCAAUUCAUCCUUUAUGUUUUCUAUCUAUUUAAUGAAAUUUAUUUUUAAUUAUCUCGCCAUUAAUUUUAAAACUAACAAAUAUCAAUAAAAAAUUAAACUUAACAGCUCUUUGGCUUGCUUAUGGUAAAAUGUUGCCGGCGUUUAAAAACUGAUGGUAAAUACUUGUUGAACAGGAUUUGUCUAUACCAUCCCAUUAGUGCCUGUCCCAUCAUAGGGGUGUUUACUAUAUACAAAUACGAGGGUUCUUGUAGUCUUACCUUACCUUAGGGGUCUUCACCACGUUGACCUUGAUGUUUAUGAAAGUAUAACAUUAUGUUAAUAAAGUGAUGUAUGUAUAGUUA